AGAAGAGUCAGACAACAUAUGAAUGGAUUCUUUAGUUCGAAGCAGAAGAAUCAACAUAUUUUUUCAGUGGAACUUGAGAAGAAGUCUCCAGAGAAGAGAAGGAGAAAGUUUAAAUUGAGGAAGAAAGACUCUUUUUGCUUUCUGGCAAAGUCACAUCAAAUUGACUCAAAUGAUAGCAUGGCUAUGAAGAAACGGGAGAAGAAAUCAAUAUUCAGCAAGUUCAUCAACUGACCUCGACUGAAUGCUCAAAGGAUAAGUAAAAUCGUUAAGAGUCAGCAUAACUCAAGAAACAAAAAUAUCUCCAUGAGCUCGUAUAGCCCCAUUGAAGCAGAUAGAAUGCUAUCUUCAAUCAUGCAGAAGGAAGACCAUUUUUCACUUUCAAGGAACAUAAUUCCUCUGAAUAUUUCAGAUCAUAUGACAGUCACUGAUAAGAUCCGCCAGCUCAACAUGAGGAAGAAGAUCAAGCAUCCAGAAGGAGACACUAAGGUAGACAAACUUCUGAGAACAAUGGUCCAAGAGAAUGAAUACAAGGAAGAAAUUGAAUCGAAAAAGAGACUCAGUAAGAUACAGCUCAUUGAGCUUAUCAAGAAACGCAAGAGCUCUAUUGUCAAGAAGUACCUCGGCAUUGACUAGAUUACACAUUGAAUUGAAAGAACUCUAUAAGCUUUAGAAUGAAACAUGAGGUGAUUUUUGGAAAUUUAAAGCAAACAGAUACAAAAGUAAAAUGGGUUUAUGAUAUCAGAGUUCUAUGCUGCGUCUUUGGAUUUUGAUACAAGAAGCUAUAAUUAAGGGUUUUAAAUUAUGUGGCAAAGAUGUCUACAUCUUG